GCAGAAACUAAAAUAUCAACCCAAGACUUAGCAGUAUCAACAACAAGUCCUGUAACCUCAGCCAGAAUGUCUUCAGCAUUAAUCACAAACACUGCUACCUUGAGCACAGAACCUGCAACGUCAAAUAUAAGCCCUUUAACAUUGACCUCUGACUCUACCACAUCACCGUCGAUUCUUGUAACCUCAACUAAGGAAACAGCAAAGGUCACUACACAACCUGAAACAACUACAAAACAUGGAACAUUGAGGACAAACCCCACAAGAACUUCUCAACCUGCAACAGAAACCACAAGCCCUUUUCCAUUGAUGACAAAGAGUACAACAUUGAUGACGGACUCUGCAUCAUCAAACACAAGACUUGGAACAUCAACCACAAUCACUGGAUUGCUCAGUAUCUACCAACCCACAUCGACCGAUAUCCCUCAGACAUCAACCACAAACCCUACAACACUGACCCUAAGCUCUACCACACUGGCAGAGAGCCCAACUGUAGCAGUCUCUGAUGCUAUGACAUCUGAAUCAAGUUCUGUAAAAUCAACUAAAACAACUGGAAUGUUCACGACAAGCUUUGCAACAGGAACUGCAAAUCCUGAAUCAUCGGCCACAAACCCCAUGACCACAGUGACACUACCUAAAAUAUCAACCACAGCCUCUGUAUCAUCAAUAACAAGCCCUGUAACAUCAACGACAAAGCUUGAAACAUUGACCACAAAUUCUGCAACACUGACUAUAAACCCUGUAACACCAACCUCUCUCCCAGACACAUCCAUAUUAAGUCCUGUAACAUCAUCUACAACGUUCAUGACAAAGUCUGCAACAUUGAGUACCAACACUGAAAUGGUGACCACAAACCGUAUGUCAACAUCUCUCAAGAACACUCCUACUUUCUCUACAAACAUUGCAACAGUGACUGAAAUCCCGACAACACAGACUAGGAACCCAGCAACACUGACCCAAAGGCCGACAACACCUACCAUAAGCCAAACUGUAUUAGUCUCUGAUGACGUGACAUCCCAAUCAAGUCUUGCAACAUCAACUAUCAAAUUUCCAUCAUCAACUACAAACUCUGAUAUAGUGACUUCAAUCCCUGAAAUAUCAACAACAAACUUCCAAACACAAACAGCAGAAACUAAAAUAUCAACCCAAGACUUAGCAGUAUCAACAACAAGUCCUGUAACCUCAGCCAGAAUGUCUUCAGCAUUAAUCACAAACACUGCUACCUUGAGCACAGAACCUGCAACGUCAAAUAUAAGCCCUUUAACAUUGACCUCUGACUCUACCACAUCACCAUCGAUUCUUGUAACCUCAACUAAGGAAACAGCAAAGGUCACUACACAACCUGAAACAACUACAAAACAUGGAACAUUGAGGACAAACCCCACAAGAACUUCUCAACCUGCAACAGAAACCACAAGCCCUUUUCCAUUGAUGACAAAGAGUACAACAUUGAUGACGGACUCUGCAUCAUCAAACACAAGACUUGGAACAUCAACCACAAUCACUGGAUUGCUCAGUAUCUACCAACCCACAUCGACCGAUAUCCCUCAGACAUCAACCACAAACCCUACAACACUGACCCUAAGCUCUACCACACUGGCAGAGAGCCCAACUGUAGCAGUCUCUGAUGCUAUGACAUCUGAAUCAAGUUCUGUAAAAUCAACUAAAACAACUGGAAUGUUCACGACAAGCUUUGCAACAGGAACUGCAAAUCCUGAAUCAUCGGCCACAAACCCCAUGACCACAGUGACACUACCUAAAAUAUCAACCACAGCCUCUGUAUCAUCAAUAACAAGCCCUGUAACAUCAACGACAAAGCUUGAAACAUUGACCACAAAUUCUGCAACAUUGACUGUAAACACUCGAGCACCAACCUCUCUCCCAGACACAUCCAUAUUAAGUCCUGCAACAUCAUCUACAACGUCCAUGACAAAGUCUGCAACAUUGAGUACCAACACUGAAAUGGUGACCACAAACCGUAUGUCAACAUCUCUCAGAAACACUCCUACUUUCUCUACAAACAUUGCAACAGUGACUGAAAUCCCGACAACACAGACUAGGAAACCAGCAACACUGACCCAAAGGCCGACAACACCUACCAUAAGCCAAACUGUAUUAGUCUCUGAUGACGUGACAUCCCAAUCAAGUCUUGCAACAUCAACUAUCAAAUUUCCAUCAUCAACUACAAACUCUGAUAUAGUGACUUCAAUCCCUGAAAUAUCAACAACAAACUUGCAAACACAAACAGCAGAAACUAAAAUAUCAACCCGAGACUUAGCAGUAUCAACAACAAGUCCUGUAACCUCAGCCAGAAUGUCUUCAGCAUUAAUCACAAACACUGCUACCUUGAGCACAGAACCUACAAUGUCAGCAUCCUCAGCGAACCCCAUUACACCAAUGACAAUACCUGUUACAGCAACCACAGACUCUUCAGCACAAACCAUCAGUGAUGCUCCAUUAUACAUAAGUCCUACAUUGACUACAAGCCUUGCAAUGACUUCCAAAAGCCAUAAAAUGUCCACCACAAUGCUUGCAACAGUGACCCAGACCCCAGCAGAGGGACCACAGUUAUUGCUGGAAUUUAGACUGGAUCUGGAGUUUGCAACGGUCCUCACAGAUUCCUCCUCAACACAGUACAUACAUUUGAAAAAUCAAGUUGAAGAGCAGCUGGAUUCCAUCUAUAAAAAGCAGUAUGGGGACACAUUUGAUCACACUGAGGUCCAGCGUUUUAGGCAAGGAUCAGUGAUUGUGGACGCUGUGCUGGUGUUCAAUAACUUAAACACUGUCCCUGAAACCAGCGAUGUGGCAAAGACCUUAAUAACAGCUGUUUCCUCCAACUCCUCGGGCUUAACCCUCCCUAUCAACACCACUAGCAUAGUGGUUUCAGUGGCUGCUCAGUCCGCUGGAGAAGCUGCAACACCUGCAGUAACUGCAGCACGUGGACACCAGGCUGCAACAGUAACAGCUGGACCCACAGGUCAGACAGCACCAGCAACUGCAGGAUCUGCACAACAAACUGCACCAGCAACCGCAGCACCUACUGGUCAAACUGCACCAGCAUCUGCAGGACCCACAGGACAGACUGCACCAGUGACUGCAGGACCCGCAGUCCAGACUGCACCAGCAACUGCAGGACCCACAGGACAGACUGCACCAGUGACUGCAGGACCCACAGGACAGACUGCACCAGUGACUGCAGGACCCGCAGUCCAGACUGCUCCAGUGACUGCAGGACAGACUGCACCAGUGACUGCAGGUUCUGGUGGUCUGACUGUCCCAGUGACUGCAGGACCCACAGGUCAGCCUGCAGCAACAACUGCAGGGCCCGCAGUCCAGACUGCACCAGCAACUGCAGGACAGACUGCACCAGUGACUGCAGGUUCUGGUGGUCUGACUGCUCCAGUGACUGCAGGACCCACAGGUCAGCCUGCAGCAACAACAGCGGGAUCCAGUGGUCUGACUGCAGCCGCGACUGUUCCCAAUGUGGCUGUUCCCACUGGUCCACCCAGCAAUGGGGAGGGGACCCUGGAGCUUCAGUUCAGACUGAAUCAGAAAUUUACUCAGGAGCUGUCUGACCAAAACUCACAGGAGUUCAAGAAUCUGGCAACAAAUGUUACUAACACGAUACAUACUGUGUACCAGUCAAGUUUUUCUUCAACAUACAGACGGUCCAUUGUUAAUAGGUUUUGGAAUGGGUCAGUGGGUGUUGACAUGACCCUGAUUUUUAAGAACCAAUCAGCAGUUCCCAGCACCUCCUCUGCAGAGAGUGCGCUAAGCCAAGCGCUGAGUACUGGGCAAAUUUCCCUGAAUAUUAUUCCUGGGAGUAUCAUUGCACUAGAAUCAACCGCAACAACCAUACCCGAAGUUCCAACAACCUCAGCCUCUGGACCUUCUACACUGAAGAAAUACCACCUGACUUCUCUCUCUUUCUCACUGAUGCUCAUUUAUUUAGCAGAGACCCUAAUUCUGUAAAGAUCCCUAAUUCCAAAGAGGUAAAUGCAUAAUUAAGACAUCUGAGAGGCAAAUAUGAUAUAUUUUUUUGUAAAUUCAUUUUAACUCACAUUUGAAGAGUGGCAUGUGUGGUACUAAAUGUGUGACUUAACUGCUAGCACCAUUUUAAUAAUCAGCAAUAACUGUAAUAAACUAGGUAUUUAGGGAUAAUAUCAUAAUAUAUUAAAUUUUAGUACGAGCAAUGAUCGUAUUGAAGAAAAAGUUAUUUAAAAAUAACACGACAGAGUCAUUGGAUAUGAGUACAUUUUUGUGCACUUUUUAAAAAAAACAACAUUGCUUUGGACAUUGUGCCACAGAUUUAUUACAUAAUGGUUGAAGCAAAACCAUGUGUUAUUGGUUAUUUUGUACUGUUUUCCCCCCAGUUACAGCUUUAUCCUUUGUGAAUAUUUUGUUAGUCUUCCUUCUCUCACUUUCUCUGUACUUACACAUGAAGUAGUAGUAGAAACUUCAUGGGAACAGUACUGCCAACUGGAGUCAGCCUUUUUGUUCUAUCACUGUAAAGUACUUACCUGGGAUUUAUUCUGUCCAUUGGGUCUGAUGAAGUUAUUCUAAUGACAUUACCCUGUAUCUACCUAUGAAGGUACUAGAUAAAAACUUGGGAACUGUACUGCCAACUGUUGUCAUACUUGUUACCCUAACAUUAUACAGUACUUACCUAGUAUCUAUUCUGUCCAUUGAGUCAGUAGUCUAAGUUAUUCUAUUGGUAUUACCCUGUAUCUAUAUGUAGGCCUACUUAUGGAAGCGUGUUGCAGCCAAAAUGAAAUGAAAAUGUAAUAUGUAAAAUGGCAAUGUAAUCAUACAGCUGAAUUUAAAUUUUCCACACGUAUAUGCACAAUUUGUCUCAAAGUUAAAAUUAAAAAAUGUCAUUUGAAUUUGCCAUUUAAUAUUGGAUGCUAGUACUGCCAUUUCAUUUAAACAGUGAUUUGUAAGCUUUAUGAAUACUUUUAUUGAAAUGAUAAUGCAAACUGGAAAAUUAAAAUUUAUUCCCAGAACUACAUGGAUGUGUUUCAUGCAAUUAUACAAUAAUGGGGUCAAAUGAUAAUUUUAAUGCUCUGUCCUUGACCUUACGUAUAUGCACUUGCACUCACAAGGCAUUCAUACAUUUCAUUAUCAAAGACAAUACAACACUAUGAAGGUGGCAAAAUGGUUAUCCAAAUGUAAAAAGGGAAACAGUGCCCCCGGUCUUUGCCAUUAAAUACAUUUGUUACUAUGUUAUGACAUCACAAAAUCUUUAAAAAGAACCACUUAAGAAUGCCUAUGAAUGACAAAUGGAAUCACAAACUAUGGCUGUGUUUCACACUUUAUAUUUGUGUUCUGUUCUCAUGUUCUUGCAGACACACUAAAAGCGAUACUUCACUUCGGUAUCACACAAGUGUUCAUUUAUUUCUUUAUUUUUUUUGGAGAUUACCCCAUUGUAUUUGCGUGGCUCUCUUAUACCUCAUGUAUGAGGAAGAAAGGAGAGAUGCUGCAGUAAGGAAAACAUAUACAAGACAUGACAUCUGGGGGCAAUUAGAAUCAUCCGUCCAUUUUGUUGAUUUUACUGCAUAAUUCAGUCCUGAUGAAAUCUUGAUUAUCAACUUAUACUUGAUCCCAGUGAAGGAUAAAUGCAGAUGAUCUUGUGCACAUAUGAACGGUGACAUUUUUAACAUAUUGCAUUAGUGCAAAGUGUUGUUGCGUCUAGAAGUACUUUUGUUUACUGAUUAUGAAUCAAGGGGCAUGUAAAGUACUACAUUUUUGGUAUUGCUUUUACACUCAGGCCCAUUUUUCACCAUUUCCCUAAUUUCUCUGUUUUCCUAUUUUUCUGUGAAGUGUUUUUGUGACAGUGUCUCAGUUAAAAAUUCUGUAUAAAUUCCUUUUGUGCCGUCUGAAGGAAACCCUCUUAAGCCGCCCUACGGUCUGUCCUUCUAGCCUGUAAAUAUCUCGUCACACAGGUUCCCUUUCCAUUAGGCCACAGUAAGAUAAUAAGUCAAAGUACCAGCGCAUGCACACAAUAGACAUGCAGUACAAGUCCUGAAACAAGCAGCUCUGAAGUCAAAAGGCUUAGGGAAGCUUGGCAAGGACCAUGAACUGACAGCACCAGGCCUUGCAUUACACAGGGACACCACCCUUCUCAACCCUCCGCUCCCAGUCAUGUGCAGGGUCUGUUGUCCUCUUCACACUCGUCGUGUCACAGAGUGAGCCAGCCAACCACUUCCCCAGGGCUUCUAAUUGGCUGCUCUGUUGUUGAAGCUGGAAUCCGCUCUCCGGCCCCAUUGGGCCAAACGUCAUCCUGCACCUCGCUGUCGCCCUACUUCAGUAACCGGCAUCCUCAGAGUCCUGGGCUUGAGAGUCACUCUUGCCUGGGUACCAGAUCUGUCCAGUCCUUCCAGCAUCGGCCUCCUCUCCAUCCCUGACUGCAGUGAUGGCUUCUGUGAAGCCAUCUGUGACGGUUCGUGUGGGCGGCUGCAGCACCAUAGAUUUCAUCAUAGGGCCUUCGCUUAGUCACAGCCCACAGUGAUGUUGAAGGCAGCGGUGAUGGACACUGUGCGCCCUGUAACUGCGUCCACCCCCAGUCUCCGGUAGCAUAGCAACACACUGCAACCCUCAUCUGUGCAUUGUUUGUUUAUUGCUUGUAUAUUGUCUGUAUAUAUUAUAUCUAUUACAUUUUUUUACUCUCCUUGCUAUUGCACUAUCCCCUUUGCUGCUGUAACACAGCAAAUUUCCCCACCGUGGGACUAAUAAAGGAUUAUUUUAUCUUAUCUUAUCCUGAACUACUUUUGAAAUGAACCUUAAUUAACCUUUAAUUUAUCAUUUGAUUUUUUUAUUUUGUUCUAUCUUUUAUAGUUAUUUUUUUAAUCAUUUUAUAUUUUAAGCGAUAUAUUGAAAAUAGGUUCGGGUUUAAGGUUUUUAUUUUAUUUUUUUAAACGAACGGUGUAUAUUGCAUGCACAUGUAUUGAUAAACAGAAAUUGUUCAAAUAAAUGAAACUUUCAACUGCAAUUCAUCAGAAGAAAAUAUACUUUGUUAUGUAACAUACCUUUGCUAUGUUAAAAAAAUUAUGAUAUUGGGAACACGAACCUAUCACUAAUCCUUUAUUUUAUUUAAUUGCAUACACGGUCAAUGUUCGGUCGACUAUUCCAUGAUAGAUCCAGUAUUUCUACUUUGCUCAGUCAUGCUUGUCUCCUGACUUGGCUUCUCCUGACUAUAUUCAUAAAAUAAUCCUCUGGUCUUGUUGAAAACAACAAAUUGAAUUAAUGCCAGACAUGGAAUAUUCCAGGAUAAACUGGAACAUAAGAACAAAUAUCAAGUUCUGUGCGACGAGUAUAAUGUCCCAGGGUAGAAAAAAAUCAGGCAUAUUAAAGGACAAAUGUAACCGAAACUAUAUUUUAUUAACGAUGGCAGUUAUGAAAACCAAUUACACUGUUUUUAAAACAUUUAUGUUUGUAUAAUGAACAGGUUCACAAUUUAUUUCCACGUUCGACAUUGGCUAACCCGUUGCAGUUUACAAGUCAAUCGUACGAUCAUGGAACGUGCUAUUAUUUGCGCGAGACCAGAACGACCUUAUUGUUAUGCGUGCUUCCAACCAGUAAAGAUGGAGGGAAAUAUACUAAUUUAUAAUAAUAAUAGGUCUACCACACCGUUGUUGUGUGCGGGUUAAACAGAAAUGUUACCGUCUCGUAGUUAUUAUUAUCCGUUUACACCCCCAUCGGCUGCAGAAAUGGGAUAGGACCGCUCGUAUAUGAAUGGCGUGCUUGGGCUUGUGGACAAAUACAAAACGCCGUUAGUAUAACCGUGCGGUUCUUCGUGUUUUGUUGGUACCUCCGAGAGACGCCCACACCCACCUGCUAGCCAUGGAGUGGAAGCCUAUGGAAAUUAAUCCCGAGGUGCUG